UUGAAAGAGUUCUACUACUGCGGUGAUAAUACAUCAGUAGAUAACUCUGUUUUAGAAGGAUCCGAUAACGUCAAGAACGUAUUCAUUUCUUCAUCAUUCGGAUAUGAAAAUUUCGCUGGAAAGAAUGUAACAACAAGUGAUGUCUGUGGAAGUGGUGGUGAUGAUUCUCACUCAAAGACUGUUAAAAUUACGAUAAUUGUAUCAAUAUCAGUUAUUGUUGUGAUUGCGGUCGUUGUUUUAGUUGUUUUCUUCGCAUUCUGCAGAAGAAACAGAAUUAAAUUACUAUCAAGUGCACCACUUAUUACAAGCGCCGAUUCAUCUGUAUAUUUUAUGACCGCAAAAUAA